GAGCACAUGCGCUCAAAGCUCAAAGAAGAUCUUCCGCCAUCUUAUAUGGAUUGCUAACGGGCCAUCGCGACAAUUUACUGUCCGCAAAACGCAGGCAUACAAUCGAAGCAGCCGUAAGACGCCAACUCCGUGUGCACCUUAUGCAGGAGGCGACCCGGUCUCAGGCAUGUCUACGACCCAUUUGGCGCAGACGCCAGCCGCAAGCUCACCUCCCGGAGUGACUUCAGAUCUGCUUCAUCCGCCCACAAAGAACAUACUCCCUGGCGUUGUGGCGGCCAUAAUUGGCAUGUUUAUCGCAGCCAUAUUUCUCACGAUCCGGAUCUACACAAAGGUCUUUUUGGCACGACGAUUCGGCUUCGACGAUGUGGCAUUGCUUCUCUCAAAGGCCUUGUCGGUGGUAGUCCAAGUCUUAAUCGUCUAUCUCAAAAUGCAAAAGAUCGAAGGAGUCCACGUCUGGGAUUUGAGCGUGCCGAACUUCAAGACCAUGGGACUGUUUACCGGAGUUUCUGUCAUCUUAUACGUUUGGACAACUGCAUUGGCGAAAGUCUCCAUACUGAUGCUCUACCUUCGGAUCUCACCGGAAAAGUGGUUCAUAUUCUCGAUCUACGCCACAAUAACUUUUGUUACCAGCUUCGCCACUGCUGCAACCGCUGCACUUAUUUUUGCCUGCCUUCCACUGGAGCGCGUCUGGGAUCCCACUGUCACAUAUGGCCAUUGCAUCAAUCGGGGCAAAGUCUAUCUCUCCAUGGCGGGGAUGAAUGCGGCUACAGACAUUAUCAUACUAGUUCUUCCAAUGCCUUUGUUAAACCGCCUGAACCUGGCGUUCAGGCAGAAAGUGGGUGUCAUGCUCAUUUUCGGUGUUGGAUCUCUGUACGUGUGUACUAGCACUCUUCCGCGGUACGCAUGGAACCUGGGCUUACCACUUUGCUUCACCGCAGCACGAUGAUAAUAAGUCUAGUCCGCUUGGCUUUGAUGAUACCUCUAUUGAGGG